UACAUAUUUUUGGGGAAUAAAAAAAGAAAAGAAAAAUUGUUGAAACCGUUCUUUGGUGACUUAUUCCGUUCCCGUGCAAAGUGUAUUCCAGCGGUUAUUCCACGUGUUCCGAUCCGGCCGCCAAAAUUAUUACGCACAAUUCGCUGAGCGUGUACGGUGGCGGCGUCAUGUGCGCCUCACCGUCCACCGCUCCCGGCUUCUUCAAUCCGCGGCCGCAGUCCGGCGCCGAGCUGUCCGCCUUCGAUCUGGGCCUCUCGCGCUCCAUGACGUUGGGCGUGCCGCCGCACAGCGCCUGGCACGAUCCCAAUCUGGGCGGCCAUCUGCAUGCCUCAGCCGGACCCGGCUCCCUCGCGGGCACCAACAGCAGCGGUGGCGGCGGCGGCGGUGGUGGCGGUGGCACCACACCCAGCAGCGUGGCCAGCCAACAGUCGGUGGGCAUCAAACAGGAUCUGUCCGGCCUGAGCGCCUCGACGGCAAACCUCAACCAAAGCGCACAUCACGUCAUCAAGGAGGAUCUGUCCAGUUUGCCCAGCGCCAACGGCGGCUCCACUUCCGCACAUCACACAAGCGCCGCUCAGUCCGGUCAUGGCCCGGAUCUGGUGCCCAUCAUCAAGGGCUCACAGUCGUCCAGCUGCGGCGGCGGCGGCGGCGGUGGUGGUGGUGGUGGUGGUGGCAGCACCACGCCCAGCUCCCAGGCAAACAGUUCGCAUUCGCAGAGCAGCAACAGUGGAUCCCAGAUCGAUUCCAAACAGAGCAUCGAGUGCGUCGUCUGCGGCGACAAGAGCUCCGGCAAACACUACGGUCAAUUUACCUGUGAAGGCUGCAAAUCGUUCUUCAAGCGCUCCGUGCGACGCAACCUGACAUAUUCGUGUCGGGGCAGCAGAAACUGUCCCAUAGAUCAACAUCAUCGCAAUCAAUGCCAAUAUUGCCGUUUGAAAAAGUGCCUCAAGAUGGGCAUGCGACGCGAAGCUGUUCAACGAGGCCGCGUGCCGCCCACACAACCGGGUCUGUCUGGAAUACAUGGCCAAUAUCAGUUGGCCAACGGCGAUCCGAUGGGCGUGGCAGGCUUCAAUGGCCACUCGUACCUCAGUUCCUACAUCUCGCUGCUGCUGCGCGCCGAACCAUAUCCCACAUCCCGCUACGGCCAGUGUCUGCAGCCAAAUAACAUUAUGGGCAUUGACAACAUCUGCGAGCUGGCCGCCCGUCUCCUCUUCUCUGCCGUCGAAUGGGCCAAGAAUAUACCCUUCUUUCCGGAGCUGCAAGUGACCGAUCAGGUGGCGCUGUUGCGACUCGUCUGGUCUGAGCUCUUUGUGCUGAAUGCCAGUCAAUGUUCGAUGCCACUGCAUGUGGCGCCGCUGCUGGCGGCCGCUGGACUGCAUGCCUCCCCAAUGGCAGCGGACCGUGUGGUGGCAUUCAUGGAUCACAUACGCAUCUUCCAGGAGCAGGUGGAGAAGCUGAAGGCGCUGCAUGUUGAUUCUGCCGAGUACUCCUGCCUCAAGGCAAUUGUGCUGUUUACCACCGGUAAGUUGCUGGACAUCCUCUACAAGGAUGUGCCCGCACUGCUAACCAAAGUUUCAGCGCUUCUCGGCAAGCGUGUGGCAUCUGGCGCGGAGUCUGCAGGUUUGCCGGCUAACUGCAGCAACGAUGAUGUGCUUGCUGUGGUGCGUGAUCAUCUCGAUGAGCUGAAUCGCCAUGAGUUUGAGUCACAGCUGCAGCAGGCGCCACUGCAUUUGGCCACCUUCAUGAAGAGCGUGGCGGGCGUUGAGGCUGCAGUGCAGCAGGCGGAGCAACAACAACAACAGCAGCAACAACAGCAUCAGCAGUUGGAGUCUAAGCCAAUUGCUGGUGUUGCUGCCACUGUGCCCGUUGUGCCCUCCGCCAGCAGCGCUUUCAGCAGCUGCGCCAAGUCCAACACUGUUGAGGUCGAUCUGCUUGCAGCACUCUAUGCCAGCUCCAAUGGCAAUGAGAGCAGCAGCAGUCACAAUAAUAGCAGUGGCUUGGGUGCCUCGCUGCCCACACAAUCCCAAAGCGGUUCGUCCUCUAUAAAUUCCACCGCGUCACCGCUGAGCACGGUGGCCGCAACAACCGCCGCCAUCGCCACGUUGAGCACAACAACAACUGCGACAGCAACGGGCAGCUCUCAGCUGGCUGGAGCAUAUCAGACGCCAGCCAUGUUCUAUCAGACGCCGCCUCGCAGCGCCUACGGCGCGGCCUUUGAUAUGUUCCAUCACAGCACACCGUUUGGUGUCAGUCAUGCGGCGGCAGCGGCUGCAGCGGCUGCCCACUCAGCUAGUAGCGCCGGUAGCUUCGGUAGUCCCAGCUAUAGAUACUCGCCGUACAGCCUGGCGGGCAGUAGAUGGCAAUUGUAGCGCCCCCAUUAAAUCGAGUUAGUCAGUUAGUCUAGUUAGCCGUAUCUGUAUCAUCAACUAUGUAUCUAUGAAGUAC